GUGCGCUAUUAAUACUAUACCUACCGCAACUGAACAGGAGCUUGCCUGAAAAGUGUAUGAUGGUGUAUGGAAGUUACGAAUUGAUUUUCAAAUGGAAGUUGAGCCUCUCAGUAGACCAAGAAAGUACUGCAUAGAGAGAAUUUAGAUUACAGUUAUGUUGUACGUAUACAUUUCAGUAAAGUGAUUUUAAGACGCACACAGGAGCAUGCUUCACUGAGCUCAUUAUUUACAUAAUCAAUGACAUCAUUGCUGAAGCCAGUUAGUAAACAUACACAUUUUCCCGAUAAGCUGUACGAAUACCUCCGAAUAAUUAUUGAUGGGAAUAACUAAAAUUCGCAAUGACAUUCCAUAUAUAUUAACGCGAAACUGUGUUUCAACGAAAAAGAGAGAGAAUGGAUUGUUUCAGACGUAAACAGAGAGAUUACUUUUGUUGUAUCAAGUUAUUGGAUGAAACCGAAAUCACUCAGGAUAUACAGAGGGAAACAAGAGGAUCCGUUUUACUAGAUCUAGUUUACAAACAUCUUAACCUUCUCGAAGUCGACUAUUUUGGACUUCGCUACCAAGACUCCAAUAAUCAGACACACUGGCUUGAACCUAUCAAGGCCAUUACAAGACAAAUUACAAAUGGCCCACCAUACACUCUUUACUUUGGCGUUAAAUUCUAUCUGGAGGACCCAUGUCAGCUUAAGGAAGAGAUCACACGCUAUCAGUUUUUCCUUCAGCUCAAACAGGACAUGUUGCGCGGCAGACUACCAUGUAAUUUUAGUGUUGCCGCUGAGUUAUGCGCUUACAUAGUGCAAUCUGAGCUUGGUGACUUUGAUUCUCAGAAACAUCAAGAUGGCUACAUAUCUGAGUUUCGUUUCAUUCCGAACCAAACUGAAGAAUUAGAGCAGCAGAUUAUGGAAUCCCACAAGACCUUGCGGGGUCAAACCCCAGCCGUAGCAGAGAAGAAUUUUUUAGAGAGGGCUAAAUGGUUGGAUAUGUAUGGUGUAGAUUUACAUCCAGUACGAGGACAAGAUCAGGUAGACUACUACCUUGGCUUAACACCCACCGGAAUUGUCGUCUACAAGGGCAAAAAUAAAGUCUCUGUUUACUACUGGCAAAGGGUUGUUCGUGUUCACUACCGAGAAAGAGAGUUUGUCCUUACUACAAAGACCAAGGAGGGUCUUGACAAUGAGUAUAUCUUUGAGGUGGAGGGUAAAGCAGGGUGCAAGCAUCUAUGGAAGUGCUGUGUUGACCAGCAUAGUUUCUUCAGACUGCCUCAGAUGACAGACAGUCCAGGUGAUGGUGUCAGGCAAACGGGCCUACCAAGAGGCCCAAAGUACCGACAGAACGCAAGAACACAAAAGGAAGCUUUGGAAAUAUCCCAAGAAAUUAAUCGACCACCACCAAAAGUUUAUCGUGCUCAGAGCAGACGGUACGCCCCUCGAUCGGCAGAACAGAACACAAAAGGUCGUAGCCCACCAGAUGGUCAACAUAGACAUGACAGCAGAAGGUCUACAAACAACGGUGGUACAACCGUGUCAAAAGCACCCGAGCCAACAAGGACGCCUCACCAGCAUCGUCGAAAUGCUGCUCCAGAAGGGAAAACAACAGCAUCAACUACACCAUGGGAAGGAAACGAAAGAGUUGGAUUGUACACAGCUGCCGGAGCAUCACCUGUGUCUGUGCGCAGCAUGGGCUCCAAUCACCGACGUCGAUCUCGUUCUCGGUCCCCUGGCGCAAAUUCCUAUCGUAGGCAAGAUACAGACAGAUCUGAUUACUCCGGAAAUGAAAGCGAAUCAAGCCGCAGACACAGGCACAAACACAGGUCUGGUUCCGAAUCAGAAGGGGAACAUCAACAUAGACACCGUCGGAGAAGGUCAGCUUCAAGAGGGGGUGAUAGUAGUGGAAGCGAGUCAGAACAUCGGCACAAAAAACAUCAGAGCAGACGACGUAGGAGAUCGUCAGAUAGAAUGGUAGACUCCCAAGCCCAGUGGGAGUACAUCCAGCAAAUGCAACAGAGUAGGGGUGAAAUGAGGAGCGCUGACGAUGUUGUUAUACGUAAUCUACGCAACGGGCAUCUUCCCAUCAAUCCAACUCCGGAACAGAGAAUGUGGCGUCGUGCUCGAUCGCAUUCUGGAGACAGACGAGCCAGCAGGGAAUUGAAGAAACAUAUUGAAUAUGAACUCCUUGAUACAGAACAAAAUGGCGAUCCAUAUGACAUUCCUUACAAGAAUAUUGUGACAUCUGGAGUUGCAGUUCGAGUCACCAAGUCCCCCUUGCAGGUAAGGAAGAGGAGUAGAAGUAGGGACAGGAAGAGGCUAAGCCAAUCAAGUCUAGAAGGAGACCGACUAUAUGUGGAGGAUGAAGACAAGUUUAUCACAUUACCAAUCCAACAGCCAUCGGUAAGACAGGCUCACCAUCAACAAGGCUAUGAACCACCCUACAACUCACCCAACCACCAGCCCAGAGAAACAAAAAAUGGUCACCCACCUUCCUAUUCACAAUCAUCCCCAAGACGAGAACAGCACGGGAAUGGGGAGAUACGUGUGGUGUCUGGGCCAGUACGUACCCCUGGUGAAAAUGGUGGCAGGGUGCCAGAUGUUGCCAAUGUUGGGGAAAGGGGAAUGUUUGGAAGACAACAAGAAGAGAAGGUGAAGAAAAUGAGUCGAUCUGGAAAAAAUCAAGAUCCUGGUUGCAGCUACUACUCUGCAUCCGUGUAUAGAGUAGAAAUUGAUAAUUCAUCCAGCCCAAAUCCUUACCUACUAAGAGAAAUGGAGCGGCCCUUUGAUUCGUGUCUGUCACCCAUGCACAAAGAUUGUGGAGAAGAUGAUGUUAAAUUUGGCUUUCAGAGAAGUAGAUGUGAUUCAGGUCUUGAAGAUGAUUCUAUAUUGAGAAGCAAUUCCAUGGAAUGGCAAUGCAAGAAUGGUAACAAAGGAAACCAAGCUACAUUACCACAAGACUCCAUAGAUGUCAAAUUGGCCAAUACAUUGCAUAUAGACGACGCUCCUGAAAAAAUGAAUAUACGUGACUCAGUUAGUAUUACAAGCGAAUGUAGCAGUGGACGUGGAUCAUUAGUAGAGCCCUUAUCAGGAAUUGUUAACCAUCAUUCAUUGACCCUUGACCUUAACUCGUCAUUUAAAAUUGCGGAUUUGAACAGGUAUAUGGCUGAACUUUCACCCCCAGUUUCUUCAAGUCUUGGUUUAAAUCGAACGUCAAAUAAUUGGCCAUUAGAAACUGCAAGUGUGAACACAAGAACUGACUAUCCAGAUUUACAUUUGUCCUCCCCAAGUGAAUUACAUAGGCCAAGAUCCCGCGGUAAUAUACAAAAUAUAUCAGGUGGCAGUAUCUUGUUACCGUCUAGGCAUGGAUAUGAUCUGGUGCAAGACUAUGAUCAUCAUAUAGGUAAUCGUGUAAAUCAAUUACCAAUGGCGCAGCAAUCGCAAGAACAUUUCCAAGGGGAGUUUUAUGAAAAUAUGAAUACAAGGUCACCACUACACCAGCCUAUAUGUGGGUUUAGUCAGCAUGUAGCGAAUAGAAGUCAUCUUUCUCCAAUAGAUGAUGGAUAUUCAAAUGAAUCUCCUUUUCCCCAUCAAGUUUCAGUGCAAUACGGUGCUGAAGGUAGCCCCAGCGAAUUGCACCAUAUUAGAAACAGCAAGACGAAAAGCUCCACAGAUUAUAAAGGUAACUCAAACGAUAGUGAUGUAGCUGUAGACCUUCCUAACCAGGAGAGAAGCACCUCAUGGAACAGCUACCAGGUAUAGCCCCACGAGGAGUGGAAGAGAGCAGUAAUUAUGACAUUCAACCUGAACUUUAAACUAGUGAACUACUAUACUCUAGUGAACUACUAUACUCUAUUAUUUGGAUUAUUAUUCAAACUCAAAUUCGUGAAAUCUAAGAAAUUUGUCGAUUUUAGCCAGUUAUUUAAUAGUACUGUAGUCAUAUGUCUUGUAUACAAAAAUUCCAAGACAUUUGUUGGCUUCAUAUUAAUACUCUAAGCUAUUUGAAUACCUGCCUAUGACAUAUUAAUAAAAGGUCCGCCAACAUCCCCAGCCUUAAAAUUCUCAGUCUUUGAUCCUUGUAGCAUUUAAGAUUCUGCUUUCUCAAACUGGUUAAUGAAAUCAAACCUUUACUUGUGGUUUGAAUCAUAAUGCAUUGCAACGUUUGCUGAUAAUUCUAACCAUUUAACUACCUUAAUGCGAGGUCAUUCACCUUAUGAAUAUAGAAGUUGAGAUGCAUUUGGCAAUCAGUAAAAAUUAAUUUUUAAUUAAUAUUUUUUAAUAUUAUUAGGUUCAGAGUAGGCUGAAAGUAUUUUUUAUCAUUUUUAAAAUAUACAUUAAACUUGUAUAAUAAAUGCUAAGUUAUUUAUAAAGUGAUAAUAUUUUAUGUACAUACAGUAAAUAUCAGCUUGAUUUUAAUUUCAUACAAUAUGUAAAAUAUUAAGAAUUAUAAUUUCUAUCUGUAAAUAAUGAACAAGCAUAAAUAAUCUUGAAUUUGUUGGUAAACAUGUGUGUAUGGAGUGAUUAGUUAUAAAAAAAAAUCCUGUUAAAUUCAGAAAGGAUCUGAUGAUAUCUUAAAUUGUUGAAUGUGUGUUGUAUAUCUUGGGCAUGUUAAUGUUAAAAUAUGAAUCAGUUGUGGCUUCUGAAGGUGUCAUUAUUUCAGCAACCUAGGGAGGCUGUUUAUGUUCAACGUCAUUGUGGUGAUUGAAGAUGCAGAUGCUUGUUAGCCAUUUGUGUAUUACUUGUAUUUGUAUAAUAAUCAAUUUUCAAUGUAGAAAUGAAAGACCAUGUAAAAACAUUUGUUGAUUUCCUUCCUAUAAAGAAUGACCUGCACCCAAAAGUUGUGUCUAGUCAUUGGUGUCUGCAAAAAAGCUGUCACUGCUUGCACUAUUCCCUGUUGUCUGAAUGGGAACAUAGAGCACCAUUACAAGAUAUGGACACAUUUGUGACCAGCUCUGGCAAAACCUACCAUUUUGCACAUGCACCUAAAACAUUUGAGAAUAACAAUUUUGAACAUUUUCAGGAUGUUGCAUUUUGUAAAGGAAGAUAUAUUGAAGACAAUUUCUGCAAAAUAUCAAUCACUUAAUCUAACUGAAAAGUAUAUUAAAAUUAUUUUUAAAACUAUUGAUUGUUGAAUCUUUGAAAGCUGUUUUCUCAAAACUUACAUGGCUGAUAUUCAAUGAAUUAUAUAUUCAUAACUUCGCUAAUAGUCAACCAAUUUCCAUCACAUAAACACUGUUUUAAAGAAGAAUUCAUAUAAAAUCUACAAAAACCAACAAUUCAAUUUGAAUUUUUCUAAUAAACAGCUGGUUUUGCCAAAGCCGGUCACAUUUGUCUAGCAGUAAAUGCAGAUGAUUAACAAUUUUUUUACUUGGUCUAAGAAUAAUUGUCAUCACAAAUGUAUACUGUAACUGUAAGCCAUAAAGUAUGACUCAUUGGUACAUUGGUACAAUGCUUGGUAAGGCGCCCUCUAUCAUGCAACCAUUAAAUUGUUCUAUAUAUUAGGCAGUUGCUUGUUCGGUUCUGAGUUUUUCACUUGUGUAGCUUGUGAAAUCUGUAUGAAAUAUAUAAUUAAUAACGAUGCAAAGCAAUUUGAAGCAUAUAUAUAAUGCCUUCUGUAAUUGAGGACAUGCUGCAGAUGCUUAUAAAGGCGCUUGUUUUUUCUUGUUCUUAAAGAAUAAUAUGUGCCAAUGCCGAAUAGAAUAUCAAUAAACUCAAGAUAAAAAUCGAA